CCUGACCUUUGAUCAAUCUAUGACAGGUGACGUCAAUGCUCUGUAAGAAUUAGUUGAAUGUUCCAUGUCUGUAUUGUAGUGUACAGUCUGAAAUGUAAAAGGAGGGGCUUCAGCUGCUCUCCCCUAGCGCUGGUACCUGACCUGUCUCCUUGCUCUCACUUUGCCGGGAGAGAUUAUGGCCAUUCAACACCAGCAACAUCCAACUGGAGGUUCGAGCGACUCACACAGAUGCCUCUGGAAUUGCAAUCUGCUGCCAAAAAACGGACUGAAAAAGUGAGGCACCAGUUGCCGUCUCACUGGCUGCUAAAGACGGAUCCGGAAUCUGGAAGUUCCCAUAAUGAGCUGUCCCUGGAACUCCCUGCUGGCCAUAGUCCCCCUCCUUCUACUGUGCAGAUGGGCACAAUGCACUACAGGUUGUGGUGGUCUAACCUGUGUCACCGACUACUUGGAGCACAUAACAUGCAUCUGGAAAGUUCCAGUCCCACAUGAACCUGGCGUUUCAUACCAACUUACUGCAGUAUCGGAGGAUGUGGAGAUUUCCUGUAAUCUAGACCUGAUGUCCUGUUCUGAUGGGGAUAAGAGUCUCACUGAGUACAAGUGUAAACUUUAUCAAGAAGAGGGAAUCACAAUUGAAAAUUACACCAUCAGCAUCAAAGCAAGAUGCAGAGGAAUCGAAAAGUGCAUUGAAACAUGUCCUUACUUUGAUACAACGCAAAACAUAAAACCUCUUCCGCCAUUCAAUCUGAAUGUCUCGUAUAUCUCUCCGUGUGAAUCAUACAACUUCACCUGGCAAAUAGCUUAUGAUGAGACCGAUUACUUAGAUGAUUUUGAAUACGAAUUGAGAUACAAAAGGAAAGAAGAUAGCUGGGAGCAACAGAAAGUCAAACGUAUAAGAAGUAACCAGAGAAUUUUCGCAUUGGUGGCCUCCGAGUUAGAUUCGAGCACAGAACAUUCAGCACAGAUCCGCAGUCGCCCUGCAGAAAACUCUGGUUACACAGGGACCUGGAGUGACUGGAGCCCCAGAGUGAAAUGGAAGACAGCACCAUGCAAGACACCUCUUCAGAUACAAUGGCUUCCAAUUGUCUGUGGCCUUAUCCCUACAAUGGUUCUUCUCAUGGCAGUGCUAAAAUUUAACGUACCUCAAAGACUAUGGAAGACAGUGUGGGUGAUGCCCCCUGACCCAGCUCCAUUCUUUCAACCACUGUUUAAGGACCAUGGAGGAAAUUUCACGAGCUGGGUUAAUGCUCCACAUCCAGAUGCAUUUUAUGAAGUUAAUGAGAAAAAUGUAAUGGUCCUGGAAAAGGGUGACAGUGUUCAGGUAUACGAUAAACCUCGUGGGAACCAAUUGAAAAUGGGAUUGAAACCAUGGGACAAGCAGUCUGAAAUUCAUUCCUCAUGGCAGGCCUUGUGUGGCCCAAGUCCCUGCCAUUCAUCUCAGUCUCGGGGCCAAUUUGGGAAUAACAUCCAACAAUGGAAGGAUAAAUCCUAUGGACAUGUAUCUAUCAACACUGUCACAGUAACUGAUGAGGUUGUACCUUGUUGUUCUCAAUGCAGUUAUAAAUGCAAGUCAACCAGACUACCCUACUUGACCCAAUGUAAUAGUAAUUCUACUGUAGACAAUUCAAAUGAGCAGAAUUAUCCUACUAGCAUCCAACAAUUCCACCAUUUGCACCCAGUUACAUUAGAAACAGCUCAACAUUGUGACAAUGCACCACUAAACACCAUGAUGUCCCUGUUACAAUACUCUUGCGCCCAUGAGGGGAAAAGUGAAGAUACUUUGGACCUUCAAUGUCCCAACAUGACUGACUGGGGACAAGAAAAUGAACCUUUUUCUUUGAAUGGUGGGGAAGAUGUCUCUUGGAAUGACAGAAAUGUAGGUGAAGGUGGUUCUUGGAGUGAUGGAAGUCUUGAUACUCUCUCAUCAUGCAGUAGGCUUGAACCAGACCUUGGUUACCCGAAGAUAUCACUGGAUUUAGAUACUGUUGACAGUGGAUUCACUGAGACUGACACUGAUUCUAUGACCGCUGUAGAUUCUGGAUAUAAGACUAACAUAGAUACAGUAGGAAUAAUUGACGCAGAUCACAAGCAAGAGCUGGACAAUAACAGCCCUGUUAAUACAGAGCAGGAAGAGCAGUAUUACGGAAGCUAUGUGAAGCAAUGGGCCAAGUCCACUUCCACAUAGAUGUUCCAAAGGCCGGAUAAUCAUUUCUGCAGCAUACUAACUAUUAAACUGACUAUUUAACUUACCACACACCCUCCAAUUACCACAGUCUUGACACGUCAGUGCAACCCCUCCCCACCCCGCCCUGUACUCAACAACCUCAUCACCCUCCCGAGACCCAACAAACCUAAUCUCUGCCGGGGAUUGAUAUAUUUGUUCUACAUCUGGGACCUGAAGUCCAUUGCCACGAGAUCUGACACUCCCUUUUACCCCAGGACCCAAGACCCACGUUACCUAACAUUCCCUCCACCCCUUGGAACUAUCCCAGGAUACUCUUCACCUCUGCUUGGGGCAUGACACCCUCCCUACCAUCGCCAAACCCAAUUCCUGCCCAUUCCUUUAGUCACGUGACACCUUCCAUUCCACUCUCACCCACACAAAUCCCCUUCCCUAUCACCCAUCAAGCCACCCCCACCACUCCCAAGACUGGAUUUUGCUCUCCAUCCCACCCUUGCCAUCAUCUCCCCACCCCCAUCCCAGACCUGAAAUCACCCGUGUCCCCUCAGAAACCAAAUCUUCUGCCACUAGACCCUAGCCUUUCUCUUCCUGCUGCUAGAAUCCCUCCCUCUUGACUCUCUCCAUCCAGGAGUUAAAAUACUACUCCCACAUCUCCCAGGACCCAA